GCCUUUCAUGCUCCUUCAACACAUCUUGUCUUCUGACGGUGAAAGUACAUGGUAUAUAUAUAGGCCAGUUCUGAACGUUCUCCUUUCAAAUCUACAGGUAAAUCAACUUGUAUUGUAGUGAAGCAAACAGGUACUACUUGCACGGAUGCAGCUGACCUCCAGUGAGGGUGGUGAGGUGCUACUCCCAAGGCUUAACGGCGAUAUUUUCGCACAUAUGCUGGAGUUUGCAGAUCGGAGCGAUCUGCUCACGAUGAUGAAGACGUGUCAAUUGUUGCAGGACCUUGCCAUUGUACCCUUAUUGAAGUACCACGGUAUCUUUAUGGAGAUAAAUUCUGCAAAUCUCGGCUCAUUCCUCGCAUGGAUGCAUCGAGACUCUCCCAGGCGUUACCUUCUUCUGCGGAUUCUCGAUCUCAGUGAACUCGAGCCGUUACUUGGACCGCUGCAUAUCGAUGAUGACCUAAAGCAUGCUCUGGUCUCAUUCCUGAAGCGUCUUGUCAACCUCGAAACUUUGAUGUUGUUUUCGUCUUCGAGGAUUUUCCGCGCAUGUCCAGAUGUAAUGGACGCCAUCGCGUCUCUCACUCGCCUUCGUUCCUUGACAAUCUGGGAACCUUGGGAACGUGUGUCAGACUUCCUCCAACGUCUACAAUCUCCAUUAUCCGAGCUUAGCGUUCAAGAAGGUUACAAGUUCUAUGGUGUGAGACCACCCGUCCACCUCUUGGCGGAGAACCUGAGCGGAUGCGUGGAACAUUUGAGCCUAUAUGGGUACAGAGGGGUCUGCUCAAACUCUGAUGUGCAGUUUGUCAAGGUCACGUCGUUGUGCUUGACGGAUAAUCACAGUGACGAUCUUCACACCGCAAACCUAGCUUGGAUAUUCCCGAAUCUCACCUCCCUGACUCUUCGAACGAAUGUCUUGACAUUUUCCGCGUACGACAAUGAUCGUAGAGCCAAUAUUUCAGCUCAGAAACAGCCUAACUCACGCUGGCAUCAUCUCAACUUCCUCAGCGGUCACGUUGUAAUUUGCUACGUUUUAGCUCCUCGAUGUCAAAUCACAUCCCUGGCACUCGAGAGUGUGGGUAGUGAGGACAGCGAUUUACAGUACUGUGCUACCGUUCUGACAGACGCGAAGCCAGUCAAUUUAUUUCUUAGGUGGAACAGAAAUGGCGACUUCAUACUACCUCUCCUACCGUCAGUGGUGACAGACAAUCUUCGUCACCUAGAACUUGAACUUUGGUACGACGCAGAGACCAAGAAAAUCGGGGAUCGGAUAUCGCCCGAGCACUUCUGUACAGUCAUGCGCCCUUUUUCAAACCUUACCUUCCUGAGAUUCACUAUCAUGAGACACGACAAUAGCUCUUCCACAGAUGCAUAUCUUGCCUGGAACAGUGAAGUGCAAGAAUCCGUCUUCUCCACGCUCAGCGAGACAUUGACUUCGGUCUGUCAUUUCGUUCUGGAGUUGGGCGGACCAGAGUUUACUACGAUCUGGAGGAGCGCACCUCCGCGGGCUGGAUCGAAGGCGGUCGUGGAGCAGUUGUCACCCCAGCAGGGUCAAACCGUUCUGCUUGAAGGUGACAAGUUAUUCCGGCAUCUGCGUCAGGGAUCGAAUCAUUUGUAUCACGUUGUCAUCCACUGAUACAUGUUCACGUUCAUCUAAAUGGUGACAUCUUCAAAUUCUGGCGAUCGCAUGAAACCUAUUUGGUUGCUGUCAUGUAAACCUUGCGUAUACUUUACGACCUUAAGACAAGGCCCUCCUGCGAUACCAUAUUGUCUCCGAAUUUCGACGCAAAUAUCAUGCCAUAAAAUCUCACCUCGUUCGUUUCCGGUCAGCUAUACUGAAGAUCUGGUGGUGUCUUGAAGCGUUUACGCGAUGUCAUAAAGUUGGCUUUUGCAUCGUGCGAGCGAGGGACAUGCACUAGUCUCCAACAUUGAACAUCUACUUAACUUGAGACGAAAGAAAGGCCUUCAUGUCCGCAGACCCGGUCGCCCAACAGUGUAGACAGAUGCUAUAUUCUCAUGCGCAGGACGCGCAUAUACCGCCGAUCAGUAGUAGAUAUGCUUCCGUCACUACGUAAUCCUAUAUAAGUCUUUCAACAUUCCUUCAGCUCAACCAUUAUCGCCUUGUAAUCAGAUAUAUUCACGUUUUGUCCUCGUGC